CUAAAAAUUGAAAAAAAAGAAGAAGAGAUAAACCUACGAUCGGGUGGCUAACGAUCCAAUUUAUUGGACAGUGAAAGUGAAAGUGUGUUCUAAUAAAAGUCCUGAACUAAAUUAAUUGAUUUGCCCAAGAUCAAGUGAAACUUUUCCGGUAUGAGGAGGGAAGCUCUGGCUAUUUGCGCCCUGUUCUUGGCGUUGGCUGUGAGCUGCUGUCAGGGCUAUGGUAGCUCAUAUCAGCAACGUUCCAGCUAUAGUUCCAGUUCAUCGUCAUCGUUUGGUGGUGGCCUACAACAACCACAAUCCCAAUCUCUUAUUCAAUCACAAUCUCGCCUAAGCAGCUGGGCCUAUUCGCAUUUCUCAGAGGUGCGAGAAUUCGCCAAUCGCCUGAGACAGGAAUACAAUGCUCAGUCUCAAGGCGGUAAUCGUUAUAACUAUCGUUCACCAUGGAGUGCCUCCAUCUUAGAGCUAAGUGGCAAAAGUGGCGCUGAGCUGGAUGCCCUUAGUUUGCAGAUCAGUCAACAAUUGGUCUCGGAGCUGCGUCAGGGUCAAAUCACAUAUAAUACGAUAGCCCAACCAAGCUUCUUUGAGAUCAAAGCAGGUGAACAUCUUGAACGUUUUAGCGGCGGAAAUCUACAACAACAAACACUGGACUUGAGUCCAUUCCAACCGAUGGAUUUGAGUGGUUUCGAUGAGGUAAAGAACUAUGCCUAUCCCGCUGAGGUGAAAGUGAUCGAUGGCAAAACGUAUGUGGUACAUCGUAAUUGCACCGAGGCUUCCAAAUUGACGACAAAUUAUGGCAGCGGUCAGGCGGCUCAGUUGAAUCAGGGCUAUUUCGCUCAGUCGCCCAAUUUGGGUGGCAGCACUACGACAACUAUCACACGAAAGAAGACCACGACCCAUGAUUGGAAUAUGGAACCCACUGUGGUGGGCUACAAUUCCGUAGUAAAUGUGGAUGGCCGCCAAUCGGCAUUUAAUUCUGCACCUCAAGCCUUGUAUACUCAGCCCAGUUCACCUGGGACCAGUUCCUCGGUGGUUAUACGUCGUUUCAAUAAGACGAUUACCACCCAUUCGGAUGGCACCAGUUCUGUGGAUGGUUCUGAAUCUCAGCAACGCUGGCAAGAUGGAAAACUGGUUUACGAUAAUCAGCAGCCAUUUGGUCAAUCGAGUGUCCCAAGGGAUGAGCAAUGGAAGCGUGAGGAACGUGAACGUUUCUUCUGGUAUUUGACAUCGCAUCAGCGUCUUGAGGAUUGGCAACAUCAGCAGGAGGAUCGUUUGUUGGGUGUGGCUCAGAGAUAUCACACCACAUUGCCCAUCCUUGAAGAGUUCCAUCGUCGUGAGUUGGCUCGCUAUAAGGCUCUGUUGGGUCAAUAUCAAUCUCAGGUACAAGACUCUGAGGCUUGGCAGCGACAGGAGCGUGGUCGCUUGGAUUGGUUGAUUCAUCAAAAUGGUUUCACCAAUCAAGAUUUUCAACGCUGGCAGACAGAGAACAGUCAAAAGUUGUCUCAAUUGGCCCAACAGCAUGGCAUCUCGCAGAAUCAAUUGAAGGAUUGGCAACAUCAGGAAUUGCAGCGUCUCUAUGUCUACUAUAACCAGAUUAAUCAAUCGUUGGCCCCACAGGUUCCACAAACUCCCCAGAUCAUACAUACAUAUCCGGGCUCUAGCUCUCUUGUUGAAGAUAACACCAAGGAGCAAGAACGUUUGAAUGAGCUGAUACGUCAACAUAAUGCCACCAUAGCCCAACUGCAGAACUCCAUCAAGACCGAUCAGCAGCGUCUUAAGGAUCUUUCCAUUAAAUAUCAGGGUGAUAUGCAGAGUCAAACCCAAUGGCUGAGAGGUGAGGUGGCUCGCAUUGGUGAUCUCAUCAAAGAACAAAACGAACAGGUUAACAAAAUCACAGUCUGGCAGAGUUCGGAACGUUCCCGUCUCGAGUCUAUACUGAAGCAACAUCAAGGCUCCGUGGCGGAACUGCAAGAUCAAAUCGCCCGUGAUCGUUACUAUGUUCAAAAUCUGGCCACCAAAUAUCGUGUGAGUGUUGAGGAGUUGGAGAAAUGGCAACGCGAAGAAUUGCAACGCCUUCAGCUGACGGGUCAACAGAAUUUGGAGGAUCACAUUAAGGAUUGGCAAUUCGGGGUCAGUUCCCAAUUGCGUGCAAUUGUUGGACAAAAUCAAGUGACCAUUGAGGAGUUCCAGAACUCAAUUAUCAACGAUCGUGCCCGACUCGAGCAAAUGGCUCGCACCUAUAAGGUUAAGGUAGAAGAAAUUGAAGCAUGGAUCAAGAGUGAACUUAAGAAAUUCCAAUCGGAGGGUCUGCUCAAGGAGGUCGAACAGGAGCUAGCCCAAUGGCAGCAAAAGGAACGCGAACGUCUUCAGGCCAUAGUGCAGCACAAUUCACUCACAGUGGAACAGCUUGAGACGAAGAUCAAGAACGAUCAAUCGCAUUUCCUUGAUCUGGCCAAUACCUAUCAGAUUAAGGUCGAAGAUAUUCAGGAAUGGUUGAAGAAGGAACUGGUGCGUCUUCAGAGUCAGGGUCUGAUCAAGGCCGAAGCCCUCAACGAAUGGCAAUUGGCUGAGAGACAACAAAUUUCCAAAUUGGUUCAACAAAAUAGAUAUUCAAUUGAGGAAUUCGAGUCCAAACUUUUGGCUGAUCGUGCUCGUUUGAAUGAUCUAUCCAGAACCUAUAAUGUCAAGGUAUCCGAAAUCGAAAACUGGAUUCAAUCCGAAGGCGAUCGUCUGCAACGUGAGGGUCAACUGAGAAUGGAAACUCAAUUGAAUAACUGGCAAAAGAUUGAACGUCAGCGUUUAUUGGACUUGAUCAACAAAAAUGAUUUGUCUAUUGAAGAAAUUGAGUCAAAGAUCAGCAAGGAUCAAACCCAUCUGUACAGUCUAGCCCAACAGCAUCAAGUUCGUGUAGAAGAGGUUGAGCAAUGGAUUAAAAAACAGAUCCAGGAACUUCAGGACAAAGGACUCAUCGAGAUGCAAAGACUUAAGAACUGGCAAUUGGAAUGGCGUGGCAAUCUCACCAAUAUGGUGCAAGAUCGUGACUACACAGUCGAGGAGUUCCACAAAUGGCUACUCAAGGAUCGUUCUCGUCUCCAGAAUCUGGCCAUGCAGCAUAAUGUGCAAAUCGAGGAGAUUGAACAGUUUGUCAAGAAGGAGGAACAACGUUUCAUUGGCAUGGGUCUGCUGAAGCCAAGCGAGAAGUUGACCAAUUGGCAAGAAGUCGAAAGAUUGCAUCUUAAGAAUUUGGCCCAACAACAAUACAAGUCCACCGAACAAUUGGAGGCUCGUCUGCGUCAGGAUCGUGAGCUCUUGGAACGCUUAGCCCGCCAAUACAGUGUCCAAGUUGAGGAGAUCGAGAGUUGGAUGAAACAGGAGCUGGCUCGCAUGCGUGAUGAGGGUCAAUUGCAAAUUGAUAAUCUCACCUCAUGGCAGCUGGCCGAACGUGAACGUCUCGAGGCUCUUAUUAGUCAGAAUAAACAAUGGAGUGCCGAGGAAUUGAAGACUGAAUUGCAAAAGGAUCGUGAACAUAUGCAGACCAUGGCCUUCCAAUAUCACACCUCGGUGGAGGAAAUCGAAAGAUGGGUCCAAACCGAAAUUGAGCGAUUGAAGCAACAAGGCAAACUGAAUAUUGAACAAUUGACCGCUUGGCAGAGGGCUGAACAGCAAAGAAUCCUAUCUCUACUUCAACAGCAUUCCAAUAUAACUCUAGAACAAUUUGAGGCUAAGGUUCAAAACGAUCGACGUUUCCUUAUUAAGCUCGCCGAACAACAUCAUGUGAGUGUUGUGGAAGUCGAGGCUUAUGUCAAACAGGUCAUUGAGGAUCUUCACAAGCGGGGACAAUUUGAAAUGGAGCAAUUGCAGAAUUGGCAACUGGUUGAACGUGAUUAUAUCAAGAGUUUGAUUGCCGAAUACAAGAAUGGUUUAUCCACAUCAGAAUAUGAACAGAAACUUUUGGCCGAUCGUGCACAUCUGAAUCAGCUGGCUGAUCAAUAUCGUAUAAAUGUCGAACAGAUCGAACAGUGGAUGAUCUCCGAAUUGAAACGUCUGCGUGGCAACACGGAAACUUCUCUAAAGAGUUUGAGUGAUUGGCAAAUAACCGAAUUGGAUCGCCUGCAGAAUCUAGUGAAGCAACAAAAUCACUUGACCUAUGUGGAAUUCGAAAUGGAACUGCAACAGGAACGUGAAAGACUGCAAAAGUUGGCCGAUCAAUAUUCGGUGAAUGUUGUCGAAAUUGAGGAAUGGUUGCGUCAACAGUUGAUCAAUCUGAAGACCACCGGACAGGCUAAAGUCGAGAAUCUAAACAAAUGGCAAGUUGAGGAGCAACAACGUUUGAUUGAGUUGCUCUUGAAGAAGCAACAGGAAUUGAAUUAUGCCGAUGUGGAAAAAGAAUUGACCAAGGAUCAUGCCCGUCUCGAGAGUCUUUCGCAAACCCAUCAUGUGGAUAUCAAUCAAGUAGAGAACUGGCUACGCGAAGAAGUCAAUCGUUUGCAAAACUCUGGUCUAGUUCAGUUUGAGCAACAAACUCAGUGGCAGGAGAAGAUUAGUCAUGGCUUCGACAAUUGGCUCCAGCAGCAACAGAAUGGUGCUAGCUAUCAGGAAUUCGUGGACUUCUUGAAGAGGGACAAGGAGCGUUUGAGUGGCAUUGCCAGUGAUUACCAUGUGACAGUGGAACAGGUAGAGAAAUGGGUACAAAAAGAGGCUGCUCGUCUCUCUCUGAUCGGUGUGAUUGAUCGUCCCGAAAAUAAUGUAAGCUAUGAAGAGAUUGUCAAUAUCUGGGAGGAGAAGCCCUGGCAAGCCGAACUGGCUGAACGCCUGAGAAGUGUCAGCCAAGUGCGUGCCAUGUCUAGACAGGAAUUUGAGAAUUAUUUGAUUAUAAACCAACCCAUUUUUGAGCAAAUCGCUCGUCAAUAUAAUGUAACUAUUGAGGAUAUCCAUCUUUGGUUGGAGCAAACCGCCAAGAAGGAAGGUUUGAUCACAGUCACCCUUGAGGAUUGGCAACUGCGUGAGCAACAUUACAUUCAAGAGCUUAUCAAUCAACAACUACGUAAGCAACAAAAAUGGACUAUCGAGGAAUUGAAAUUCAAACUGGAGAAUGAUCAGAAACAUUUGAGGGAUGUCACUCAACAAUAUCACAUUACCAUUGAGGAGCUAAAGACUUGGUAUGAGAACGAACUGCAACGUUUGCUCGAGUUGAGAAAAAUCGAUCGUAGUUCUUUCCUCUCUUGGCAAACCAAAGAGACGGAACGCAUCUAUCUACAGGCUGUGAAUCAUCCAGGCAUUAGUAGGCAAUCGUUGGAGAACAUACUCUUCCGUGAUGUUGCCAUUCUGGCUCCCCAAUAUCACAUAACCAUCGAGGAGUUGCGUCUGUUUAUCAAGCAGAAACUAGAUCGAUUUGCUCAAAUGGGCUUGGUCUUGGACAACUCCCAGCAGCAGCAGGUGAACAACUGGAGGGAGCAGGAACGUCAACGUCUACAUGAGGUGGCCGAAAGCAUAAUCAUUACGGAAAAUGAACUUCUCGAGUUCAUAUCCCAGGAUACAAGCUAUCAAAACCAAUUGGCUCAAGUCUAUCAGGUCCGUUUGGUUCAAUUGGCUCCUGUUCAGCGUAUCAUUAUUGGAAACCUGGGCAGGGAGCAAUUGUUCGAGCAGCGUCGUCUGAAUCACUUGACCUCCUGGCAGCAACGUGAACGUGAUCGUCUUUACGAGUUCAUUGGCAAUCAGAACAUGUCAUUGAAUCAAUUGAGAAGCUGGCAACAACAAGAUAGCCAAUUGUUGCAAGGAUUCGCUCAGAAAUAUGAGAUUACUCUGCAACAGUUGAAGGAUUGGCAGCGUCAGGAAUUCGAAAGAAUUGGCAAAGUGGCUCACUACUAUGGCAUGACCCAAACAGAUCUGCAAAAGAUUCGCGAAGAGGAACUACGUUAUCUGGCUUAUGUGAAUCACAAGAAGCUGCUUUCUGCCUCCGAUGCCCAGAACUGGGAGAAGAAACAUCAAUGGACCUUGGGCAAAUUGCAGAGUCGUUAUGGCAAAUUUGGUGAGGAGUUGACCAUCUGGCGUCGUACUCUCUAUUUGCUGAGUCAGGGCUUGAUUGAUCUACCAGCCGAUGGAGCCAAUACAAAUGGUGGUUAUAUAGUGAAUCCUGGCAGCACCAAUGCCACGGCUAUCUACAAGCCAAUAUUCUCCAUGGAUCGUGGAGAUCAGCCGCCUCAUGUCUAUGAUGAGGAAGUCGAUGAGGAAAACGAACCUGGGCUUGAGGGUGAGACCAAGGCUCCAUUGCCAUUGCCCAUCAUCUCGACACCACCUCCAUUGCCAUACCAGAGGGCCGUGUUGCCAGGCGGAGGUGGCAGUAAAGUGGGCUAUGAGUAUCGUCGUCAGGAUUACACUAUUAAUGUGCCCGUUGGUGAGGCUUCUGCCUCGGCUAGUGGUGGACCCACUGGAUCCUCGGCUUCGGCCAGUGCCAGUUUGGGUAAAUGGAAUCGCGCUGCUGGCAAUGAACCCGAAGAUUUUGGCCAACAGCAACAAGUUGAUCUAGGCUGGAAUGCCGACGAUUUGGGUCAACAGCAGCAGGUAGAAGACCAGGAUUGGAAUCAGAACUAUCAGUUGGGCCAGCAGCAGCAAGAAGAAUUAUCCGAAAAUCUUGAAGAUCUUGGUCAGCAGCAAGUUCAGGAGGAUUCCCAUCGAGGCUAUGGCCAAUUGCAUGCCCAGCCCACUUACUCCUCAAAGCCCGUGGAGGUUCAAGCCCAAACUGAGCCCUCAGUUUGGCAGAAGUUCAAAAACUCAAUCGGUUAAAGUACCUAAACUAAUUAAAACUGCCAUUUUAGUUGUAAAAAAAACACACACAAAAACGAAUCUAAAAACGACAAAAUAAUGAAUUGAUAAUUUUCCUAUUGAAUAUUUUUUUCUAUACAAACAUUUCUUUAAUCAUUUUUAGACUUAAUGUGAAUAAAUGAGAGAUUAUUUCUACCACUACAUAAAUCGUACAUUGGAAUACUCUAUCUUUAGAAGGACGUAUAUAUAUAUAUGUUUUUUUUUUGUUGUUUGUAUUCUUUGACCUAAUAAACUUUGAAAAUAUAA